UUAAAAUAAGCAAUGGAAGAUGAAAACAAACAUUUUCAAAUACCUCUCAACAAGAUUGUGUUCAAGCAAACCUCAGUCAAGAGUGGGAAGAUUGAAGAGGAUGGGAAGAAUCUUGAGAAUUUUAGAAAAGUUGUAGCAGUGUUAAGGAAGGGGAGAGAGGAAGAGAGGAGUAAGGGAAAGAGGAGAGGAGAUAGAAAUGUAAGGGAGAAAGGAAGUGAGGUUAAGAAGAAAAAUAAAUGUGCUGUUAAGAAAAAGAAGAAAAAGAGGAAGGGACAGAAAUAAAUCUGCAAGGACUGAUGAGUCAGUAAUGACAGAUGAGAGAGAAUCAACAAAUGAUAUUACCCUUCCAGCUUUAAACAUAACUCAAAAUGACACAAUCAAUGAUACUCUUCAAAAGGUGAAGCUUAGAUCAAGAAGUGUUUUAAAAAGAGCAAAGUUUCAUAGAUUUAUAAAGCCCAAGCACCAAGAAUCAUCAGAUAGCAUUUUUAAUCGUAAAAGAAGGAGUAUCCUUGAUAGAGUCAAUAUUACUCAUCAGAAUAAUCAAGGAGUUGAACCUUCCAGUGCAACAAUAAAACUUCCUCUACUGAACCAGACUCCAAAAUUAUUUCAGCUUAACAUCGAAAUGAAAUCAACUCUUAAAAAUAAAGCUCAUAAUAAUGACUCUAUCCUAUUAGACAGUCUUCACAAAGAUAUUAAGGAGCUUUUAGAAGAGGUUAAGAAAGAACCUUUUGAACCAGAAGAAUCUUCACAUAAAUCGUCAACUCCACAAGUUAGAACAGAAGAAGCUUUUCAUUUUUCAGAGGCAAAUGACUUGCACUUAGAUAAUGAAGAAAAGAAGAGAAUGCUUCGAAAUGAAUUUAAAAUGCAGAAUAGAACAAAACCUGAUGAUUUAGACUUUGAAACUCCUGAUUUCUCAGAAUAUUCUAAACCAACAAUAAGCAGAGAGUCAAACUUCGGAUACGAUUUAUUCUCAGAUGAAUACAAAGAGCAUUCUCAAAAGAACAUCCCAACUAUGAAGCUAAAAGAUCCUUUUAAAUAAGACAGGAGGUAUAAAAAUCAACAAAAUUGAGCACUACUUCAAACUAAAAUAAGGAAAUUUUCUCAUCUCCUGCUGCUAAACCGAACCCCACUCGUCAUGGAUCUGGUCUUAAGAAGCCCGCUCAGGAUCCUUCAGAGCCUAAAGCUGCUCCUUCAAAACCUCAGCCUUGAGCUAAGCCAAAGCUUAAGCCCAAAUCUCCAGCUAAUGCACAGAUCGAAGACUUAAUCAAACACAAGCCAUGGCUUAAAGACUUCCCUCUCAAGAAAAUGAAACUUGAAAAUCUGCAAAAAUACUUCGUAGUCACAGAGUCUGAAAGAGAUCUUACAGAAGAAGACAAGAAGAAGAGAGACUUGGAAGUAGAGUUUAUUAAUAAAGAAGUUAUGGCUAACAAGGAUAUGAUGAGGGAGAAUAAGACUGACCAACAACUCUUCAAUGAUUUUAGAUAUUUAGGCAAAUAUGGACAGUAUCUGUACCAAAGAGUUAAGGAUAGAAAUCAUUACCAGAGACUGGACAUUUAUGGAGAAGACGAGACAAAUUUAACAAAGAUUAAGCUGAAGUAAAUGAUACUUGAAGAAAGUGCGAAUUUGGCACCCUGAUAAUCUUAAAAAGCAUAAAUAUUGAUUUGCAAAUGAAGAAAGUGCAUGAAAACUUAUUAGUAACAUUUUCCAAUUGAUCGAUGAUUCUUACAAAACUCUGUUGAAUAAAUUUAUCAAUUAAUAUUCAAUCAAA